UACUAGUGCUGCAACUGCGGCUGCCUCCCUCUGCACUGCUCUCAAUUAUAUAUAUGAGAGAGAGAGACAGAGAGAGAGAGAGAGAGAGACCAAAUAAAGCCAUAGGUGCGUGUGCUGCUAGGAGGGGAGAGCCUGUUAAGCAUGCUAUAAAUAUUUAAUGCAUCUGGAGGUUCAGGGUUGGCUACUGUCUGGGUCUCAGCAGACCACAUCACAGGCUCUAUGUGGAUCUAGUGAUUCAUAGAAUUAUUGAUUUAUUGGACUGGGACAGGGAUUGGACCAUCCCGGAGGUAACAGGCCAUCAUGCCUCGGAUAGACAUGGAUGUGAAGCUGGACUUUAAAGAUGUCCUGUUCAGACCCAAGAGAAGCAGCCUGAAGAGCAGGUCAGAGGUGGACCUACGGAGGACGUUCACGUUCCGUAAUUCCAAACAGAGUUACCAUGGCAUCCCCAUCAUCGCUGCCAACAUGGACACCACGGGUACCUUUGAGAUGGCACAGGUCCUCAGCAAGCAAACUCUCUUCACCGCCAUGCAGAAGCACUACACUGUGGAGGAGUGGAAGGCUUUUGCAGCCAAGUUUCCAAAAUGUUUGGAGCACGUAGCGGUCAGUUCAGGCAGCGGUCAAGCCGACCUGGAGAAGCUGUGCAGCGUCCUGGAGGCCGUCUCUGACAUCAGAUUCGUCUGUCUGGACGUUGCCAACGGCUACUCUGAACACUUUGUGGAGUUUGUCAAAACCGUCAGGGGGAGGUUUCCUCAACACACUAUCAUGGCUGGCAACGUGGUGACAGGAGAGAUGGUGGAGGAGCUGAUCCUGGCAGGAGCUGACAUCAUUAAAGUGGGUAUUGGGCCAGGUUCUGUGUGUACGACGCGCAUUAAAACGGGAGUGGGAUACCCCCAGCUCAGUGCUGUCAUAGAGUGUGCAGACUCCGCCCACGGCCUGAAGGCUCACAUCAUCUCAGAUGGCGGAUGCAGCUGUCCUGGGGAUGUGGCUAAGGCAUUUGGCGCUGGAGCUGAUUUUGUGAUGCUGGGGGGCAUGCUGGCUGGCCACGACCAGUGUGCCGGGGAGGUCAUUGAGAAGAAUGGCAGAAAGGUCCAGCUGUUCUAUGGGAUGAGCUCUGACACGGCCAUGAAGAAACAUGUAGGGGGAGUGGCAGAGUACAGAGCAUCAGAGGGCAGGACGGUGGAGGUACCGUACAGGGGGGAUGUAGAGGCCACCAUCAGGGACAUUCUGGGUGGUCUGCGCUCCACCUGCACCUACGUAGGAGCUGCCAAACUGAAGGAGCUCAGUCGCAGGACCACCUUUAUCAGAGUCACACAGCAGGCCAGCCACAUGUUCACAUAGUAGUAAAUAGACGGACGGAUGGAGGGACGGACAACAUGAACUUUCUUGUUUCAAUUGUGCUGAUUUAACUUAAAGUGUGAAUCUAGAGCAAUAUUUAUGUGAAUGCAUGCGUUUUUUUUGUUGCCUGUACACAAUAAACAGAAAGAGGAGAAACAGAAUGAAAUACCAACCUGGACUCAGGGGUAGACAUAGUAAACUUAUAUCCGUGACACUCCAAAUAGUAUGAUAUGUAACGUUUGGCAUGCUUUUCAAUUGUGGAUGUCCAUCUUCCAUUUCGUACAAUAUGUUACGAAUUUGCAAAACGUAUGAUAUGUUAUGAAUUCUAAUUUGUUGAGGCUAAAGUUAUCUAGGUGGCUAAUGUUAGCCAGGUUAGGGGUUAAGGUUAGGAGUUAGGUUAAGGUUACGGGAAGGGUUAGCUAACAUGUUAAGUAGUUGCAAAGUUGCAAAAAAUUGGUAAGUAGUUCCAAAGUUGCUAAUUAGAUAAAAUUCAAAAAUUGUCUGUGAUGUUAUUCAUACACACAGCCUUUGGGUUGCUUGAUGUUCAUGUUUUACACCUACCCAACCUGACCAACCACUCUACUUUAGUUUUUUGUCUUAAGUAACCUUCUGUCUUAUGUAACCAUACCAAAUGUAACAUAUUAUAAUAAAUUGAGUGUUUUCGAAAUCUGGAUUUCCAUUUACUAUGUUACGUGUAGUCUAUGACACCAGGCUGGGAAAACAGUGCUAGAGUAUGUUACGUGUAGUCUGAGACCAGGCUGGAAAAACAGAGUGCUAGAGUAUGUUACAUGUAGUCUAUGAGACCAGGCUGGAAAAACAGAGUGCUAGAGUAUGUUACGUGUAGUCUAUGAGACCAGGCUGGAAAAACAGAGUGCUAGAGUAUGUUACGUGUAGUCUAUGAGACCAGGCUGGAAAAACAGAGGUGCUAGAGUAUGUUACGUGUAGUCUAUGAGACCAGGCUGGAAAAACAGAGUGCUAGAGUAUGUUACGUGUUGUCUAUGAGACCAGGCUGGAAAAACAGAGUGCUAGAGUAUGUUACGUGUAGUCUAUGAGACCAGGCUGGAAAAACAGAGGUGCUAGAGUAUGUUACGUGUAGUCUAUGAGACCAGGCUGGAAAAACAGAGUGCUAGGGUAUGUUACGUGUAGUCUAUGAGACCAGGCUGGAAAAACAGAGGUGCUAGAGUAUGUUACGUGUAGUCUAUGAGACCAGGCUGGAAAAACAGAGUGCUAGAGUAUGUUACGUGUUGUCUAUGAGACCAGGCUGGAAAAACAGAGUGCUAGAGUAUGUUACGUGUAGUCUAUGAGACCAGGCUGGAAAAACAGAGUGCUAGAGUAAGCACUCUAG